AUGGUGGACAACACCAGGCUCACCCUCCGCAACCGUUACCUGAGUGACACGGACGACUUUGGAGAGGGGAGCAACGAGCUGAGCGCCUUUUUGACGAAGCAUGCGUCAUCGGAGAAGAGGGUGGUGAAGGUGACGGGCACCGACUCGACUGGGGCGCCAACCACUCAUGAGUACACCCUCCACAAGCAGAAAAUUAAAGGUCAGAAAUUGGGCGGGGGCUUGGACGACUGCAUCACACUGGCGAAGGGGUACGUGAAGGAGCUGUUGAAGCGUUUGGAGAGCCGGAUGAAGGAUUUGGGCUCUCUCGAGGGCGCCAAGCUGUUCACGCAGGGGGCCUGUUUGAGCCUUUCCCUCCCAUUCUCCCUCUUUCCCUCUCUCUCUCUCUAUCCCGCCCUCCCUCUCUUUCUCUCUUCCUCUCUCCUUUCCUCCCUACCUCCCAACUUCCCCCCCUCCAUCCCUCCUCCCAGCCUCCCUCCACUGCAGCCCUACCUUUCAACACUUAUCUCCACCGCUCCUCUCCACUGCUCUCGCCACUGCUCCCUCGCACCAAAUUCCAUUACCCCUACUGUGCCCCUAUUCCAUUCACCGCUUCCCCUCACUUCCUCCCUUCACCUCCUCCUUCACCUUCCCUUUCCCCUCAUCCCUUCCCAUCUCUCCUUCGCCUCCUCCCUUCCCCUCCUCCCUUUCCCUCCUCCCUUCCCCUUCUUCCUUCCUCCUCCCUUCCCCUCCUCCCUUCCCCUUCUUCCUUCCUCCUCCCUUCCCCUCCUCCCUUCCCCUUCUUUCUUCCCCUCCUCCCUUCACCUCCUCCCUUCCCCUCCUUCCUUCCCCUCCUCCCUUCCCCUCCUCCCAACCCCUCCUUCUUCCCCUCCUCCAUUCCGCUCCUCCCGUUGCCUACUCCCUUCCCCCUCCGCCCUUCACAGCUUGCCAAAGAAUUACCCAGCAACUUUUUCUGCAGCGCAGCAGCAGCCACACUUUUGCGACGCCUAA